AUAGGUGAUGAUGUAAUGUGUCAUUUCUAUCAGGAAUCCCAUGAAGUUUGUCUUCCUGUUGACAAUGCAAAGUUCGAUCACUGUUGCUAUAGAGCUGCUUUAGAAGAAGUAGAAGGAGAUGUGGCAGAAUUGGAACUAAAACUUGAUAAGCUUGUGAAGCUUUGUAUUGUGAUGAUUGACACUGGAAAAGCCUUUUGUGCUGCAAAUAAACAGUUUAUGAAUGGGAUUCGAGACCUGGCACAAUAUUCUAGUAAUGAUGCUGUAGUUGAGACAAGUUUGACCAAGUUUUCUGACAGCCUUCAAGAAAUGAUAAAUUUUCAUACAAUCCUAUUUGACCAAACUCAGAGAUCAAUUAAGGCACAGCUUCAGAACUUUGUUAAAGAAGAUCUUAGAAAAUUCAAAGAUGCCAAGAAGCAAUUUGAAAAAGUCAGUGAAGAGAAAGAAAAUGCACUAGUAAAAAAUGCUCAAGUACAGAGAAACAAACAGCACGAAGUUGAAGAAGCCACAAACAUUCUGACAGCAACAAGAAAAUGUUUUCGACACAUAGCCCUCGACUACGUUCUUCAGAUUAAUGUCCUUCAAUCAAAAAGGAGAUCAGAAAUCCUAAAAUCAAUGUUAUCCUUUAUGUAUGCCCACUUGGCCUUCUUUCAUCAAGGAUAUGAUCUAUUUAGUGAACUUGGGCCCUACAUGAAGGACCUUGGUGCACAGUUGGAUCGACUGGUUGUGGAUGCAGCAAAAGAGAAAAGAGAGAUGGAGCAAAAACAUUCCACCAUUCAACAAAAGGAUUUCUCCAGUGAUGAUUCUAAGUUAGAAUAUAAUGUAGAUGCUGCAAAUGGCAUUGUUAUGGAAGGAUAUCUGUUCAAACGAGCCAGCAAUGCCUUCAAAACUUGGAACAGGAAAAAGCCCGAUCAUAUCAGACGCUGGUUUUCAAUACAGAACAAUCAGUUGGUUUACCAGAAAAAGUUUAAGGAUAACCCCACUGUGGUAGUGGAAGAUCUAAGGCUUUGCACAGUGAAACAUUGUGAAGACAUAGAACGGCGAUUCUGCUUUGAGGUGGUCUCUCCAACCAAAAGUUGUAUGCUUCAGGCAGAUUCUGAAAAGCUGCGCCAGGCAUGGAUUAAGGCUGUUCAGACCAGUAUUGCUACUGCUUAUAGAGAGAAGGGUGAUGAAUCAGAGAAGCUGGAUAAGAAAUCAUCUCCAUCCACAGGAAGCCUGGAUUCUGGAAAUGAGUCAAAAGAUAAAUUAUUGAAAGGGGAAAGUGCACUGCAGCGAGUCCAGUGUAUCCCUGGCAAUGCCAGCUGCUGUGACUGUGGCCUGGCAGACCCACGGUGGGCCAGCAUCAACCUGGGCAUCACCCUGUGUAUCGAGUGUUCUGGAAUUCACCGGAGUCUUGGAGUUCAUUUUUCAAAAGUACGUUCUUUAACUUUAGACACGUGGGAGCCUGAACUUUUAAAGCUAAUGUGUGAGCUGGGGAAUGAUGUUAUAAAUCGAGUUUAUGAGGCUAAAGUAGAAAAAAUGGGAAUAAAGAAACCACAACCAGGACAAAGACAGGAGAAAGAGGCAUAUAUCAAAGCAAAAUAUGUGGAGAGGAAAUUUGUGGAUAAAUGUUCUAUAUCAUCAUCACCUCCUGAUCAGGAAAAAAAGAUGAUCUCCAAAAGUUGUGAAGAAAAGAGGCUAAGCAUUCCUAAAUUUGGGCCAGGUGACCAAGUUAGAGCAUCUCCCCAAAGUUCAGUGGUUGCUGUAAAUAGCGACGAGGCCAGGCGGGAGUCUCUGUUCUGUCCUGAUGAGCUAGAUUCACUCUUCUCCUACUUUGAUACUUCUUCAAAACUACGUAGUAUCAAAAGUAAUGACAGUGGAAUCCAGCAGAGCUCUGAUGAUGGAAGAGAAUCUUUACCCUCUACAGUGUCAGCCAAUAGUUUAUAUGAGCCUGAGGGAGAAAGGCAAGAUUCUUCUGUGUUUCUUGAUUCUCAACAUCUUAAUCCAGGACUCCAGCUUUAUAGGGCUUCAUAUGAAAAAAAUCUUCCUAAAAUGGCUGAGGCUUUGGCUCAUGGUGCAGAUGUGAACUGGGCUAAUUCAGAGGAAAACAAAGCAACACCACUCAUUCAGGCCGUAUUAGGGGGCUCUUUGGUGACGUGCGAGUUUCUCCUACAGAAUGGUGCUAAUGUAAACCAAAGAGAUGUACAAGGGCGGGGACCACUGCACCAUGCCACCGUCUUAGGGCACACCGGGCAGGUAUGUUUAUUCCUAAAACGAGGUGCCAAUCAACAUGCCACUGAUGAAGAAGGGAAAGACCCGUUAACUAUAGCUGUGGAAGCAGCCAAUGCUGAUAUAGUGACCUUGUUACGUUUAGCAAGAAUGAAUGAAGAGAUGCGGGAGUCAGAAGGACUUUAUGGACAGCCAGGUGAUGAAACUUAUCAGGACAUUUUUCGUGAUUUUUCUCAGAUGGCAUCCAAUAAUCCAGAAAAACUAAAUCGUUUCCAGCAAGAUUCACAGAAAUUCUGAUUAUUUUUUUUUUUUAAGAAGGGGAGAAUACUAAAUCUGGUGACUUCCUAAUGUAUAGAUUUGAAAACUCACACA